AUGACGAAUACGGCCCCAGAGAUUGAGGGGGAGGCCGCACCGCAAGCACGGGUCCGCCGACGACCGCGAAAGCGCCCGCGCAAUGGCCCGCCGCAGCUGCAGUUCGUCACCGCGACCGACCCGUCCCAGUUCAAGGACGAGAAUGCGAAGCGGAGCGUGCGGUCGCAGGCCAUGAUCCAGUACAGAUACAAGUCGGCCGAGCAGAAGCGCAAGGGCAGCGAUGCACAGGAGACGCGCCCGGCAGAGACGACGCCGCCUGCAACCACGGCCGCGCGCGUCACGCCCAUCAUGGACGACAGCUGGUACCACGCGGCGCACAGCAGGCUCAUGUCUCAGUGGAACGAGGAGCCCGAGGAGUCCGUGUAUGCGUCGACGUCCGAGGCCUUCUGGAGCGUGAACCCGGGCGGGAGUGUCGCUGAGCCGUCCUCGGCGCCUGCCUCGACCGCCAUCGCGCCUGCCCGCUCCUCGCGCUACUACGAGGUGCUCCGUGAGCUCCCCCUCAACGCGGCCGCCCGGCGCGUCAACGAAUACGAGGACUCCGAGGCGCACGACCAGCUGCUGCUCCGCAUCCUGAUUGCCAAAGUCGCAACCACGAGCAGCCUCGGCGACGGCGUGGAUCCCUUCACCGCCCUCCCGCAGUUCGCCAGCCCAGAGCUCAACUCCAUCUACCUGAUCCGCAAGUGCAAUCGUGCCUUCUGCUCGCCGUCCACGCUCACCAAGUGGCUCCCCGCCAUGCUGUCACAUCCCCACAUUCUGCUGAGCUCCACCAUCAUGGCCUCUACCUUUCUGGACAUGCACGAGGGCUGCUCUGGCGAGAGCAAGCGCACCGUUCUGGUCAAGGCCGAAUCCAUUGGCUGGAUCAACGAGCGCCUCCGUAGCCCUGCUACGCAAUUUGAUGACUCUACGCUGAUGAUUAUUCUUCAUCUGCUGGCUGGAGAGCUGUGGUCCUGCAACGAGCGGACGCUCCGCAUCCAUGAAUCCGGCAUCGCAAGGCUCGUUGCGCACCGUGGUGGCAUGGAACGUCUCGGGGGCAAUGGAGCCGUGGCUGAGGUCACUGCGUCAAUCUGUUAUCACGUCGACAUCGUGUGCGAGGCAGUUCCGCUACCGCUCUUCUACUACUGGGAGCCGCCGCCGUAUGUAGCGGAGCCGUCGAUCGCUAUACCCGAAUCGCCACUCUUCGCCCCCCAGAAAGAGCUUUUCUAUGUCAUCAAAGACCCUGGUUGUUCUGAGUUUACCUAUGAUUUGCUGUGCGAUAUGCGAGAUCUGACCGACCUGUUCAUCGCCCACAGUUCUGAUCUGGAGACCGUUCUCGACGUAGACGAAGAAGCAAGCGUCAGUCCCACGGAACCUUAUUUACUGGACUACGAUGCAAAGAUCUGUGAAAUGCGUGCUAAGCUGGCUUCACUCCCUUCAGCUUACACGCCCGGCCUACCUACCACCAAUGACUGGAUCUACGAAGCCUGUCGCAUUGCUGCCAUCAUCUAUGCAUCGGCUAUUAUCAUGCGCGUUCCGUUUUCCGUCGCCGCUGAAGCAGGUCGGAACCCGAUUCUUCUCGACUCUGCAUCUCUCAUGGACCCCCUUGAUGGGGCGCGUCUUCUCUCAACGCGCCUCACGGAAGCUCUUUACGAAGCCAUGGAAAAAACCAACAACGGCAGUGUCUGGGAUGACAUGUCGGGUGUCUACUACUGGGUAGCUGCAGUUGGAGCCGCAGCAGCCAGGACGUCGGUCACCAUUUGCACUUACCAGCGACCCAGCUCCCACAGUGAAGCUUACGCGACAUGGGUGCGACGCUGUCUGAUGAUGUUCGCGACCAGGGCCAUCAUCAUCCUCAUGUUCCAACACCCGUUCCCGGUGCUCAUAGCGCAGAAGAAGCUCGUCAAGGUGCAGGAGCUGAUUGGCGGCGACAGCCCCAGAAUGCUUGCCACCUGA